AUGGAGGAGAGUUCAAUGUUUCAUGGUUUUAAAAACAUUUAUGUUACUAUAUUUGCUCUGUUUUUUUUCUUUAAGCUCUUAAUCAAAGUUUUUUUGGCUCUCUUAACCCAUUUCUAUAUCGUCAAAGGGAACAGAAAAGAGGCUGCUAGGAUAUCAGAAGAGAUCUAUGGAGGAGUAUCAGAAUCCUGGGCUGAUCGAUCUCUACUUCAUGAAGCUGCAUCUCAAGGGCGUCUCCUUGCUCUCAAAACUUUAAUUGCACAAGGAAUCAAUGUGAACCUCGUGACAAUAAACCGCGUCUCCUCACUUCACGAAGCCUGUCUUGGGGGCCACGUUGCAUGUGCAAAAGUCUUACUGGAGCAUGGUGCCCACGUGAAUGGAACGACUGUGCAUGGAGUCACACCUCUCUUUAAUGCAUGUUGUAGUGGGAGCCCUGCCUGUGUCAACCUACUCCUUGCUUUUGGAGCAAAGUCACAACUUGAUGAUCACCUGGCUUCACCCAUCCAUGAGGCUGUGAAGAGAGGUCACAGGGAGUGUAUGGAAAUCCUGCUGGCAAAUAAUGUUAAUAUUGACCAAGAAGCUCCCCAGCAUGGAACUCCACUGUAUGUGGCCUGCAACUAUCAGAGGACAGACUGUGUCAAGAAGCUCUUGGAGCUAGGAGCCAGUGUUGACCAAGGCAAAUGGUUAGAUACCCCACUGCAUGCAGCGGCCAGGCAAUCCAGUGCAGAAGUCAUUGAUCUGUUGGCAGACUAUGGUGCAAGCGUGAGACGCUUAAACCAUCAAGGCAAGUGUGCUCUUGAUCUGGCAGCUCCCCAGAGCAGUGUGGAACAGGCACUCCUUCUUCGGGAAGGUCCUUCUUCACUGGCUCAGCUCUGCCGUCUGUGUAUUCGAAAGUGCUUGGGUCGAUCAUGCCAUUAUGCUGUCUACCAACUGUGUCUUCCAGAGCCACUUGAAAAAUUCCUCUUAUAUCAAUAG